AUGCACCUCCACCACCAUCAUCAAAACCACCACAAACUUCUCGUCUUCUCCACCACAACACCAACACCAACACCAUGCUUUCACAUCAUGGACUGUGAAGCACCCGAUGAUGGUUUAACUGCCAGCCGCCCUUUGCCAUUUGAGGAGGCCACUCAUAAAAACAUGACACUUCUAACAUCUUUCAGUGGACUGGUUUGCGUAGGCAUAACAUCUUGUGGCGAAUACUCUCAUCUCAUAUUGUGGAAUCCUUUGACAGAUGACUAUACCAAGUUAUCUAAACCUCAUGACAAUUCUCUCAAAGAUUGCUACAACCAAAGCGGAAAAGCAUUCGGGUUGUAUUACAGCUCUUCUGACAAUGACUUUAGGCUUCUACGUGUAACACAAGAUUACGAUGCUUACAUAUACUCGUUGAGAUUCGACACAUGGAGAAAGAUCCAUAAUGAUUCUAGAGAGGAACUCAAAACAGAUAUCAACUCCUUUUUUGGAAAUGUGGAGGUAACAUGCUUGAGUCACCGAGGUUGCAUUCAUCUAUAUGUGAUCGAUGCUGUCAACUUUACAGGGUGGGGUUUAGAGUUGUGGAGGAUGGAUGGGGAUGGAGACUGGAAGAAGGUGCAGGGUAUAGUUUCUGAUAACGUAUUCAUGGUAAAUAUACAUCCACUGCACUUAAUGAAGGAUGGAAAUUGCCUCACACAUUCCGGAUCUGAAGAUUUGGUGUACAAAAUAGAUUUGGGUUGCCAUAUGGAAAAUAUUUCAUGCUUGUUUAAAGCUCAUGGUUUGGAUAUACCUCCACCUGGGAAAUACAUUGAAUCUUUGGUGUCCCCCAAUCGAUACAGGCUUGUUGAGGACCAUGAAGAAGAGGUGGAACAAAAUGGGCUCGAUUCUCUGGGUGUGCAAGCAUCUGCAUCGAAAAUGAGAGAGAGAAGGAGAAACAGAUGGGGGAAGAAGAGAAGGGCUUAUGGGUUUGAUGGUUUUAGGUAUUAUAGUCAUCUCACGUGA